AUGUUUGGAGUUUCCUUACCAGAGGUAGCUGGCUGUUUGGGAAACCAGUCCUGCACCCAGUGUUCAGGUUGGGAUAACAAGCGCUGCUUUGUUUCGUUUGACUGUUCUGAUUCAUCCUUCAGGCCAGGGAGCCCCUCUGCAGCCCAGCUUGGGAGCCAUGGUUCAUAUGCACACAGCCAUCAGCAGAAAUUGUAUGGAAGAAGAAAUAUUCUGUCCCUGUGGUUAGAAGGCAGCAUCUCAGAUACUAGUAGGAGCAAAAUAUUGGCAGUGAGCAGCUGUUGGAAUCCAUCAUCUUUUAUAGUUUACUCGUUGGCAGGAAUCUAUGGGGGAGGCCUCUGCCACUGA